AUGCGGCGGUCACAUGCACUAAUUUUUGGCGCCGCGUCGGGCUGCUUCCGCGCAGCUGCCCUUUCUCUGUGGCAGCAUCGGCGUGGUGGGGGGGGCGGUCUCUCCAAUAUUAACGGCUUUGCCAAGAUUUUUUCUCAGGCCAAAACCAACUCAAGUGGCAACGGCUCUUCCUCAGACUUUUUAAAUGGUCGCUUUGAGGGCGGGAGCGCCACCAUGGAUCCCUCCAUGCUGCAGAAUAUGCAUCGCACCUUGAACCAAUCCUUGACGCCGGAAGUACAGGAAUCGAUGCGUGCCAUGAUGGAGGGUCUCAAGCGCGGAGACGGGAUUCCACAAAUGGGGAUGAUGGCAUUUGGUGUGGGUGAAAAUGAGAAGGGGAAAAAGGUUGCCCGAGGUGCCAAGUUAACAUUUGACCCAAAUACGGGGAAAGUCUCAAAGGAUUUUCUGGAGAGUCAGCUGGAGGAGGAUGACCCGAUGUUACCCAAAGGGACUGUCGGGGAUUACCACACUGAGGGAGCCAUCGAGGUAGAGUUUGAGGAGGACUCGAGAAGACACGCAUCCACCGUCGCGGAAACAAUAUCUGAAGCCGAUGUGGUUCUGGAGGGGACUUCGGAGUCGUUAACGAGAGGUGGCAAAGACACAACACAAUGA